AUGUGCUGCCCGUUGCCGCCCGUUGCUGCCCGUGCCUGUGCUGCCUGUUGCUGCCCGUGCCUGUGCUGCCUGUUGCCGCCCGUUGCUGCCCGUGCCUGUGCUGCCCGUUGCCGCCCGUUGCUGCCCGUGCCUGUGCUGCCCGUUGCCGCCCGUUGCUGCCCGUGCCUGUGCUGCCCGUUGCUGCCCGUGCCUGUGCCGCCCGUUGCCGCCCGUUGCUGCCCGUGCCUGUGCUGCCCGUUGCCGCCCGUUGCUGCCCGUGCCUGUGCUGCCCAUUGCCGCCCGUUGCUGCCCGUGCCUGUGCUGCCCGUUGCUGCCCGUGCCUGUGCUGCCCGUUGCCGCCCGUUGCUGCCCGUGCCUGUGCCGCUCGUUGCCGCCCGUUGCUGCCCGUGCCUGUGCUGCCCAUUGCCGCCCGUUGCUGCCCGUGCCUGUGCUGCCCGUUGCCGCCCGUUGCUGCCCGUGCCUGUGCUGCCCGUUGCUGCCCGUGCCUGUGCUGCCUGUUGCCGCCCGUUGCUGCCCGUGCCUGUGCCGCCCGUUGCCGCCCGUUGCUGCCCGUGCCUGCGCUGCCCGUUGCCGCCCGUUGCUGCCUGUGCGUGUGCUGCCCGUUGCCGCCCGUUGCUGCCCGUGCCUGUGUUGCCGCUACAGCCCUUGUUGCUACUCUGCGCGCCCCGCGCGCCCUGCUGCCCUAUGCGCCCUCCGUGGAACGGAGGCUAUGGGGGUGGCGGGUAUGGGGGUGAUGGGUGUGUGUGA